AUGCCGGCCAACAAGAAGGAAUACCCUCCUGAUGGAGCACCUGAGCCACCAAUUGGCCCAGUGGGACUUGGCUAUGUGCUAAGUCCUGCCCCCCGCCUAUUCUGGCCAAUCAAGCCCCCUGGGAAAAUCCCCAAGCCCUGGUGGCACUCGGCCAAGCGGGACUUCUGA